CGGAGGGAGACUUCAAGGAGCGGCAGGGGGGGGAGAAAUGGAAAAUGAGAGCAAGAGGAAGAUGAAGGAGAGAUUUGGCCUGAGGCAGGACAUCUUUAAGGAGUUCCUGGCGGAAUUUCUGGGGAUAUUUGUCCUGAUACUCUUUGGAUGUGGUUCAGUGGCCCAGACAGUGCUGAGCAAAGGGGCUCUCGGGGAGCCUUUGACCAUCCACAUUGGUUUUACUCUGGGAGUCAUGAUGGCCAUCUACAUGGCGGGGGGAGUGUCAGGAGCCCAUGUAAACCCUGCAGUCUCUCUGGCCAUGGUGAUCCUGGGGAAGCUUCCUCUAAAGAAGUUCCCUGUCUAUGUGGUGGCACAAUUCCUGGGGGCUUUUGCUGGAUCCUGUGCUGUCUAUGGGUUGUAUUAUGAUGCUUUGAUGGAAUACACCAAUGGAGAAUUCACUGUUACUGGUGCAAAUUCCACGGCCAACAUAUUUGCAUCAUAUCCAGCAAAACACCUCUCGAUCCUUAACGGGUUUGUUGACCAGGUAAUUGCGACCGCUGCACUGAUCCUGUGCAUCCUGGCCAUCACUGACAAGAAGAAUAUCGGUGCUCCAAAAGGCAUGGAGCCUCUGUGCAUUGGCCUGAUCAUCAUGGCCAUCGGAGUGUCCAUGGGUCUCAACUGCGGCUAUCCGAUAAACCCAGCACGAGACCUCGGCCCGCGGUUCUUCACGGCUGUGGCUGGGUGGGGGGUGGACGUAUUCAGAGCUGGAGGUUGCUGGUGGUGGAUCCCUGUAGCAGGGCCUAUGGUAGGCGGAGCUGUGGGAGCGGGCAUAUACUUCCUCUUUAUUGAGUUGCACCACACUGAGCCUGAAAAACAGGAGGAGAACAACGUCCAGGACAAAUAUGAAAUGAUAACUCUGAGUUAAAAUUUAGAACAAGGUUAGCAGCGCAACAACACAGCAGAUUUUCACCAUUCAAAAGGUAAAAAUGUUAAUUCAUUUACAUGAAGCAGUUUCAUAUUUGAUCUGGCUACACAAUUCCAUGGUCAUUUAUAAAAUUUGCAUGUCUGUUUUAUUAAGCCUUUAAAGUCUCUUUUUGUAAAAGUAAUAGUCUCUUUACAGUAUAGUAUAGGCCUCUGUCAUUGAUUGCUAUUAAGGUAUAUUGGUAUGGAGAGUUUUCUCUGCAAUGUAGAUGUGCAGUAUCCUUCGUAGUCUCUUAUUUCAUAUCCAGGAUCAUCUCCUCUCAUUAGAAUUAUUUGCCAAGUUUCUGUACAGCAUUUUUAUUUUUCAUUUUUAUUUUUAUUACUAUGUACCGAACAAACAUGGGCAUUUAAUAUGUGUAGCACUUAGUAAAACAUUUAUUUUAUGUCAAAAUGUUCAUCCAUAAAACCUUUAGCCAUCGGGACACCCUCAUUCCUCAGGUUAUCUUCGUCCUUUGCAUGUGCGUACAAAAUUGAUUGAUUACUUUCUCUUUCUCUCUCAUUUUAUCACGGUUGUGUAGAAAAUUCAGCCUUAAAUGAUUUUCCUGGCAUUGUCAUUAAGUCUUUUUCAUAAUUCUGCAGCACACUUUACAUUAUAUUGCACAUUGUUAUAUUGCUGGAUUAGAGAUGUAGUUGUUACACACACCCUUGAUAUUGACAAGCCAUAACGUAACGGACAGAAUUAAAAAGAAAACACGUUUAUUUUAGUUUCAGCAGAAACCUUUUUGCUAAUGUUACUGACAUCCUCUGUGUAUUAUGUCGGUGAAAAUGCUGUAUUAGGAGCAACAUGCAAACAUUGACAGUAAACUGUUUACAUUUAGAACUCAGAUAAAAAAAGUGUAAAGAAGCACAAUAACAAACAAUAAUACAUGGAAUGGUAAAAAUGAACUCUCUUAUUAACCGUGUUGUUGUGAUUUUAAACACUUCUUAUCGUAGGAGCACAGAAAUGGGAAUUUUCUAAUCCAUGUUUUUGAAUAAAAUACUGUUAUCCAGGCUGGGAGACAAAAUGAUGCAUAAACAUAUAAAUUAAUGUUGAUAUCUGUUUAACAUGUACUAACAGUAAUACACUCAUUUGUAUUUACACAACACUAUUUACUGUGGGAUUAACUGUGGGAUUAUAUUGCAAUGCACUGACUGUUGUUUUACAACCAUUUGUUUGUUUUAUUUUUGUGAAACAGAAUGUGACAAAAGGGCAGAGGCACACACAUUAAAUGCUGAUUUCUGUGAGAAGGAUUAAACAUGCCCUGCAUCAUUUGGCCAGAACGAUCGUAACACUCAUGGGAAGUUUGCGAUAUACUUCAGACCCUAUAUGGCUUUUUGUAAUUUUAUCUCUCCCUGUCACACAUCUUGAUGUUCCAGAGAGGUAGUUAGUCUGGUAAAGUCAUAUUUUUUUGUAUAUCUUUUCUUUCAGCUUUUUUGCUUUUUCUAAUGAACAUGAAU